AUGAAGACCGCUUUCGGCAUCCCCCCCAACGAAGAGAGCGUGGCUGACAAGCAAUACGCGACGGCCGUCGGGCAAAUGUUGGGAGCCGUCAUGACGAGGGCGUCCCACGUGUGGAUGCACUUCGACCGCCUCUACAACCUGACCCGCACAAAGAAGGUCCAGGAUGAAGCUGUGAAGAUACUGAAGAGGACUUCUUUGAAUGUUAUUGAGAAACGCAAAGCCACAAUGAAAGAGAAAUUCACUGGAGAUAACAACAAUUCCGGCACCCGUCGCUUCAAAGCCUUCCUAGACCUGCUCCUAGAGCUGAACAACGACGGCAAGAUCACAGAACAGGACGUGAGAGAGGAGGUGGACACGAUGAUCGUGGCCGGUCAUGAUACCACGUCGCACACUCUGCUCAUGAUGUUCAUUCUGCUUGGAGCCUACCCGGAGGUGCAGGAGCGGGUUUAUCAGGAGCUGCAAGAAGUGUUCGGUGACUCUCAGCGCUACGUAACCAAGGAAGACCUGACAAAGCUGGUGUACACUGAGGCUGUGGUGAAGGAGACGUGUCGCCUGUACCCCGUCAUACCCAUGCUGGCUCGGGAGGCAGAUACUGACAUACAUUUUGAAAACUUCACCAUCCCGGCUGGUACCGGCAUCCUGCUCUGCCUCUACGGCAUCGGUCGCAACCCGUGCUGGGGGCCAGACGCUGAUGCCUUCAGGCCGGAGCGCUGGCUGGACCCCGCGUCGCUGCCCGCCAGCCCCGCCGCCUUUGCCGCCUUCAGCCUCGGCAGACGCGGAUGCAUGGGUAAAGCCCAAGCACUGAUGCAGAUGAAGACAACAGUAGCCCACGUCAUCAGGAAGUUCAAAGUGACUGCCAGCGACAAGAAUCUCAACCUGAAAUUCGACUUCAUGAUCAAACCUACCUCCGGAGGCCACAUCAAGUUGGAACUUAGAUAGUUGCGUAUGAUACUAGUGAUGUUAUCCUAUUAUUUAUGGAAGUGUUUGCUUCUGCGCGUGGUUUACUCGAAUGGAGUCUUCGUGCUAACUCCUUCAAGUCUAAAAUGCCGUCCAUAGCUUGGUGAAUUUUCCAUCACGCUGAUCCGCUGCAGACUGGUAGAUUUAUACCAGAAGUGGGUUUCAACAUGAUGUUUUUCUUUGGCAGUCGAAUCCAUAUCACGUAAGGCGCGUUACUGCAUUGCGCUACAGUUCUGUUUUUGUGAUAUAGCAUGGAACUUUUAAACAGGCGCUUAGAAAUGUGAGUAAAAAAAAAAAUAUAAGAGAGAGAGAGAGAAAAAAGCCAGAGCUACCCAGUACUUACUACAACAUAACCAUAACACUGAAAAACUUAACUUUCGUAAGUUUCUUGGUACUUAAAGUUUUUUGUAAAGUACAUGAGAAUCAUAAUCAAGAAAAGUUGAACAGACAAGUUUAGUAAUAUGUAACGAGAACGAAAUUGUAUACAUGUUUCAGGUUUUUU